AUGUCUUUAUCAACAGUAUUAUAUUCAACUCAAGAAAAUGUAUUAAAAUUUGGUGGCCCAAUCGUAUUAUUUAUUGGAACUAUUGGUUGUAUAUUAAAUUUAAUGGUAUUUACUAAGAAUAGUUUACGAAAAAAUCCGUGUACAAUCUGUUUAAUAGCUGUAAAUAUUGUUGAUAUUAUCUAUUUUUAUUUGGGUUUUCUUUUAACAAUACUUGCAGUUGGUUAUAAUACUGAUUUAAGUAUCAGUAGUAUUGGUUUUUGUCGAUUUCGUUUCUAUAUUUCAUUUGUUUUGACAUGUUCACAACCAACCUGUCUUAUCUUAGCAUCAAUUGAUCGUACAUUAAUCACUUCAAAAAAUGUUGAAACUCGACAACGUAGUACACGUCGUUUGAUUAUUACAAGUUUGAUUAGUUUGAUUUUAUUUUAUGCCAUCGUUGAAAUUCAUGGAUUAUUAUUUAUGGAAAUUUUACAAUAUGGACCUAAUUAUUUUGUUUGUUUUUAUCAACCAGGUACAUAUACAACAUUUAUGGGUUAUCAUGCACUUAUUGUUAAUGGUUUUAUUCCACCUUUAUUAAUGGCAAUAUUUGGAUUGUGGACAGUGAAGAAUGUUCGUAAUGUUCAACGUAGAUUACCAAUCACUCAUGCUACAAAUAGAGAACAUGUAAACAUCGGUAGACCAUAUGUAAUUCAAUCGAAAGAUAGGCAACUUAUUCGCAUGUUACUUGUAGAUAUUAUUGCUUUUAUUAUUUUUAAAUUUCCAGUUACAAUUAUACUUAUUUAUCAACAAAUUACACAAUAUAAUCAAAAAUCUUCAGAACAACAAAUUAUUGAACAAUCAUUUCUACAAUUAUCAUACUUUUGGUAUUUUAUUGAUAGUAGUAUUGGUUGUUAUACAAAUAUUUUAGUAUCAAAAACAUUUCGUGCAGAACUGAAAAAUAUUCUCUCAAAUAUUAGUCUUUUCUUUUGUCGUCGACCCUGA